AUGCGUCUUUCAUUCUUCCUCCCUUCGCUGACCCUGGCAAUAAUCCGGGGGGUCAGCUCCGCCGCUCAUGUUUGCCCGGACAACGUGACUAUUCAGCCACUUGUCUUUGUGCAAAAGACCUCAGUCUAUGCUAGUUCUCACAUUUGUGAAGAAACAACACUCGCUCUCGCGGGCACCAACAUCCCUAUCACCCAUGUGCCAACUAUUGUUGAAACGAGCUUUGAAAUUACAAACACCGUUACAGCAUCUGUUACACUUUCCUCGUGGUCCGGGCCUGGUGACGCCGACGGCUCGCCUUGCCCCGUCAGUGAUGGCUCACCCUGUCCUUUCGGUGAACACGACCUUGCUAAGCCAGCGCCUCAAGGACAAUUUACGACGUUGACUGCUCUCUGUUCAAACGACGCUGGCUCGACUCUUACCAUUCCCCCGCCCGGAAAUGGCCGAUUCGGCACGAAGGUUGUAUUGUUACCGACCAACAAUGUGAUUACUGGAACAUACGAUGAGGUCACGCAGACUUGGAGUGGUAUCUCCGGGAGCGCAAUAACUACUAUUAUUGACGACAGUGACAAUGGUAGCACGCCCACCACCGCGGUUCUUCAACCUACCAGUGACACUUCAAACCAAAUAUCGUCCGAUCCGGCGUCUGGCGCAACCGUUACAACUAUUCCUUCGACCCCUGUGGCCUCACUCUCAGAUCUAUCUUCGGCUGUCACUUCAUCAACCUCUGAUGAGCCAUCUUCAGGAGCAGUUUCACCUACCAUUUCUCCAAGCUCCAAUGCGUCAUCCUCAGAACCAACUUCACCUACUAUUUCUUCAAGCUCCACAGCGUCGUCCUCAGAAGCAACUUCACCUAUUUCUUCGAGCUCCAAAGCGUCAUUGUCAGAAGCAACUUCGCCUACCAUCUCUUCAAGCUCCAAUGCAUUAUCCUCGGGAGAGACCUCAGUUACAACUACUUCGAGCCUUACCGAAUCAUCGCCUAGUACCAUAUCUAGUCAUCCAGUCUCAAGCCUGGAGUCACUUACAACUGCCCCGCCAGAGCCAAGCUCAAGCCCAAGUUCAUCAAGCAGCAGCUCCUUGUCAACGAUACCUGCGAGCUCUACUAGCCAAUGCGUUAUCACUGCAACACCGGUGCCAGAAUGCUGUAUGAAUGAGCUGCCCGAUGGUUGCCAGGCCCUUGAGAACACUAACGGCCUGGCGCUCGAGCCGGUUAUACAAGCUUGCGAAGAGGCCCUCGGAAAAUACGCUACCGAAGAUAUGUUGCAAUGUUGGGAGGGUGAUAUUAGAGAUGAAUCAAAGGGCACCUAUAUAGCGGAUUGUCUUCUCUACGAGCUCGAAAGCUGUUGCAUUACAGAGCUACCAGAGGCUUGCAGUCGUCUCAGUGGUGCUACAGGAUCCGCUGUUCCUUCUGGAGCCGCUGAGUGCCGAGACGCCCUUGGAAUAUUCGUCCAUGGCAUCGCCUCUCCCUGCCUAGACCAGGCAAAUGUCACAGAUGAGACGCAAGGGAAUAGUAUUGUAGACUGUCUCGAGGUUGCCUAUGGCCUCCGGUCCGGUCCUGUUACCAUCGUCGAUAACAAAAUUUGCCCUACCACAGCAAUUCCUUGA